UUUUUUGUAUAUCCCAACACAAAUACUUGGGACAGGUUUAAGGCAGGGAGUGUCCUCACAGCUGAGAUGUCACCCGGGUCAGUUGCGUUUCACAACGUUUCCUCUCACGUACGGAUAGAAGGCGUCUGAUUAGUCGCAGAUAUGAAAUACAAAGGUGUUUUGAACCUUGUGGCUGGACUGAUUAUCCUCCUAAUAAUAUGGCAACUCACUUCAUUUAAUUCUGUUGAUAUAGCAGCAGAAGUUGAUGGAUAUGAUGACAAUUAUCACAGCAAACUAAAGGUGAAUGAAGGGUUGGAUUCUGUGAAGGCAAAGUGCGGCGUCUCCAAACCCUGUCGGCCGGGUCACUUUGCCUUUCGCAUCCGGAGCGGAGCCGCUAAUACAAUCGGGCCAAAGAUCUGUUUCGAGGGUAAAACUAUCAUGAGCACGGCGCACAAUAACGUGGGAGGAGGACUGGACAUCGUGGUGGUAAAUGGUCAAACUGGAGUUGUGGAGAACGCUCGCAUUCUCAACGGAAGCCCGCAAGAAACCUUGUCAUUCCUGAGAGACAUUAAACCUGGGAUGAUUGUUUUGGUGGCCUCUUUCGAUAAUGCAAACGGAAUGACGGAUGAAAUCAGGAACAUAUUCUCCGGAAUGGGGAGCUCCAAGGCCAGGUCUAUCAAGUUUCGGGACAACUGGGUGUUUGCAGUGAGAACGGGGUUGGACAGCACGCUGCACUUUGAGAAGAUAACUGUCACUGAUGAAAAAAACAACCUUUAUGAGGGAUGGCCAGAAACGGCGGAGGUGGAAGGCUGCUUCUCAAGUAUCGUUGGACAAGCAUACUUGGGUGAAGUCCGAUCGGAUGAACGGCAGGAAAAGACUUUUGUGUUGGACUUUUAAGACCAUUGUGACGCCACUCAAAUGUGUUACCCUCUUUCUCAGACUUAACAUGUUAAACUUGGGGUGGCUGUGGCUGCGGGGUUGAGCGGUCGUCCUCCAACCUGAAGCUCGGCAGUUCAAUCCCCAGUCUUACCCAUCUGCACGCCGAAGUGUCUUUGGGCAAGAUACUGAACCCCUUAAUGACCUCAGAUGUUAAAUACACCAGCCGUAAGUCGCUCUUAUCCAAAUGAGGUGUAAUGUAAUUACAUGUCUCUUUUAUUGUUGUUGUGUACUUUUCCAUUGACCCUGAAGAUUCUGGAGAACUCUGAAUAUUUUUAUUGAAUUACUUAUUUAUUUAAAAAGUGUCUUCAGCAAAAAAGUGUCCCACAUUAAAUGGUGGGAAAAGAGGGUUUGUCAGGAUUUCAAUAUUUUAGCUAUAGUCUGUGUCUAACUCAACUCUAAAUGAAUAAAGAUAGAAGUAGUUUGAGCCAGAUAAGGCCUUCACGCAAAUGAUUAAUAAUAACCCUUUCCUUCCAAGUGUUUAAUCUUGAAAAUUAGAAUGUGUCUGCGUCACAAUGCUGUUUCGUUGUUUUGGUUAAAUUGUUCUGAAUGUCUAUACAAACAGAACAUUGUUUUGAUAUAGCAAGAACACAAUAAUCUUCUCUCCAAUUUUCAACACCGUUGUCCCACAUGCCAUCAGCUGUGUCAGGGCUGGUCAAGAGAUGAACAUUUUGAGACUUGUCACUUCCUUAUUCCAAAGCCAAGAAGGAGGGCCUACGCCUGCGCACUUUCGAGGAGGAAGAACCAAGAUCUACGGUUAUAAAAUAGACAGGCGCCGGCUGUUUGAUGCGUUCUGAUUGGUCUCGUGUUCUGAUGCGACUUGUUGGAUGCCCAUUGCUUUGCUGAUUGUUACCUUUCAUUGCUUUCUAAAUAAAUACUUGAUUGAACAAA